GCCUUACCGCCCCAAAAAACCAGAGACUACCCCGCCAUAGGCAGGAAGACCUUCAGCAACCAAAUUGGAAGGCAUCGCUCGUUGGCUCUUACCCCACCAUCUCGGCUUCAGCCUUGCUCGCUCCCACCCCUCCGAAGCUCUUUUCCACCAUUUUACUUCCUCCCUUCCCAACUGACCUCACCACUGCAACAGCGACUUUCAAUCUCACGCACCUCGUCACGUCUGACCUGCACGAACUUCACCUCGUCUCCUCAACAAGCGGCUUACCCACGACCUUUCCCUCUCUGCCUCGAAGCAUAUUGCCCUACCGCCGACACCCUCAGCUCGUCGCAUCGUCACCGACUGUUGAAAGCGGCCGAUUGCGUCACGCGACUCCCUCAACUCACGUACAAACCAGGAAGACAGUCUUGGGCGAUAAGGCCACACGCAGACGGAGGUAGAACUGCUGCGAGCACAAUGGCGCCGACAUCGACCUCCCAGAAGGCGAUGACCACCCAGUUCGUUCAGUUGACGGGUGCAAGCGACAGAACUGCACAACGGUACCUGAAGAACGCCGGAUACAAGCUCAAUGAAGCUGUUGAUGCAUACUUCUCUGGCGGUAGUGGAACUUCCACACCCACGACUUCAGCGCUCGAUACUUCGUUGAAUCAAAUGUUCGACAAGCUACGAGAUGACUCAAGAGACGAGAAGAACACACUGGGCCUUGACACUACGAUGGCGUACCUCGGCGACCUGGGUGUCAACAUCGAGAAUGCUGAGCUGCUAGUCGUGAUGGAACUCCUUCAGGCACCUUCUGUUGGAGAGAUUACCAGAAAAGGCUUCGUUGAUGGCUGGAAGGCGUCUGGUGCUGCAACGCGUCAAGCACACGUCUCCCACAUCAAGUCACUGGUCAGCAGUCUUUCAACUGACCCUGCUUACUUCAGAAAGGUGUACCGGCACACCUUCGUUGCCAGCAAGGAGCCGACCCAGAAGGCACUCAACCUUGAAAUUGCUACAGUCUACUGGAACGUCCUCUUUUCGCCACCCGGCUGGGAGUGGAAGACGAAAAACCAGGAGUGGCUGCAGCUGUGGUUGAAGUUCCUCGAAGAGAAGUGGACCAGAUCUGUUAACCGUGACAUGUGGAACCAGAUUCUCGAGUUUGCGACCAAGUCCAUGGCAGAUGAGACAUUGUCUUUCUGGAAUGAGGAUGGAGCAUGGCCCAGUGUGAUUGAUGACUUCGUGGCUUGGUGCAAAGAGAGAGGGAUUGGCAAGUCCGAGACAAUGGACUUGGACGCCUGAAGGCAUUUACAGCAGACCAUGGAUCGGUCUCGCCACACGAGGCCGAAACUCACGACCAAAGGUCAUCAAGAUAAUGACUGGGACGAAUCCGACGACGAUAGGAGGAGUGCAAAUCAGCACCCCUUCCCCACACACUUGGUACAUAUCAGCGGGACGUCGUCUAUCGACAGCCAGGCCGCUGAAACCACAGAGAAAGGCUGCAUCGAGAGGCCAAAUAUCAUGACCAGUGGUAGAGAUUUUCAGCAUUAGCCUAGCGCAUGCAGUUAUGGACUGCGAAUAACAGAUUGACAAAAGCU